CUUCAAUCCUGAGUCAUGACUCACACAGUUCAGCUGCUACGAUAUGCUUGUGCUGAAUUUCAGUGCAGUGGUGACUAUAUAUAAUUCCCAUCUGCCCCAGUCUCUCUUCACCUUCGCUUCUCAACUAGUAUGCUCCUGCCAUAACCCACUGGGCUCAGCGUCGACAUCUCUCUCUCCCAUUCUCUCGUGGCUGUACAAGUUCACAUUCUCUCUUUCUAAUUAAAGGUGUAGGGGUUUUACAAUUCUCGGUUGAUAGAAUUGUUGAGAGUAAAGAGUUGAAGAGGCGUCGUUGUAUUAAGUUAGGAUUCAGAAAAAGCCGAAGUUCUGCAGUGACUAUGGCAUCAUAUGUGGAGAGGGGGGCAGUGACCAAUGGACAUGGACACAAGGUUCUCCAGCAGCCUCACCCUCGACUUGUGCCCCUGCCCGAUGGACCCACUUGCGUCUUUGCCAUAGGCACUGCGUGCCCUCCCACAACCAUCGAGCAGAAAACUUACCCCGAGAAGCUCUUCGAAAUGUGCGGAGUUGGCGACAACAAACCUCUUCUGCAAAAAUUAAAGUACAUGUGUGAUACGUCGUGCAUUGAAAAGCGCCAUGCAUUCGUCACGGAGGAGGUGGUCAAGGAGUAUCCUGAGUUUGCAUCCUACUCUGACAAAAGCUUGACAACGCGACUCAACAUGGCGAACAAGGUGGUACCAGAAAUCGCAGUCGAAGCAGCGAUGAAUGCAGUGCAAGAAUGGGGCCGCCCUCUCUCUGACAUCACACACAUGGUUGUGGCCACCACAUCCACUCUAAGCAUUCCCGGAACUGACUUUGUCAUUGCCCGCAAGCUUGGCUUGAAACCAAGUGUCCAACGUAUCUUCAUGAACCAAGUGGGUUGCUGGGGCGGCGGAGCCGUCAUGCGGGUGGGGAGAAUCCUUGCAGAAAGCGCUAAAGAUGCUCGCGUGCUCGUCAUCGCCGCGGAGGCCAACACGAUCAUGAACUUCAGAAAGCCCACCGAGGAAACCUUCUACAAGGUGGAUUACUUCUUGGCGCAUGUCACGCUCGGAGAUGGCGCGGCAGCAUUAAUUCUUGGAGCCGACCCCAAGUUAAACCACGAGAGACCACUCUAUGAGAUGUACUGGUCCUCUCAGACGGCAAUCGAAGGUAGCGCGGAGGCAAUCGUGGGGACCUUUAGCGAUGCUGGGCUGGUUCAGAGCUUGCAGAAGAAUGUAGUGCCGGAUAUUCUAGGGAAGCAUUUGAAGGGGCUGGUAUCGGAAGGCAUGGAGCUCAUCGGAUCUCCUUCCCCUACCGACAUGUUCUGGGUUGUCCAUCCCGGAGCUUACAGGAUUCUGGAAGUGGUGUCGGAGACGAUGGAUAUAAAGAAGGAAAAGCUUCAGCCGAGCUGGGAUAUCUUGCGCGACUUUGGCAACAUUUCGAGCCCUACCUGUUUAUUUGUGUUGGACGAGAUGAGGAAGUAUUCGAAGCGAACUGGUGCGGCGACCACUGGUGAGGGUUGUGAAUGGGGAUUCUUAGUGGGGCUUGGGCCGGGGUUCAACGUGGAGCUCACGCUUCUCCUAAGCGUUCCCUUCUAGACUGGAAUCUUAGAUUAUUUCCUCGCAGCAUGAGCAGAUUUGUCCAAAGGUGUAGUCGGACUUCGAAGCUACCGUGUGAUGGAUCCUGCCAAGAGAGGACUGAAUCAUGGAAAAAAAUAUUGCUAGAAUUGGAUGUGCUUCAGAAGCACGGCCCGAUUGAAGUUUACUUAGGAACAACUGAUGUUUCAGUGGCGUUUGAGUGAUGGCUGAUUUUUGAUGAAAUCAAAAUAAAGAAUGAAUUUUUUCUCAA